CCCUCCCUCUUUAAAUAGCUUCGCGCCUUGGUUCCAUUGUCGCUCCCCUUCGUCACCGUCACCGACAACGACACACACAAAAACAGACGUACUCGCAGGUUUUCCCUCCAGGAACUACGUACGCUAAUGGCUCCUCCUGCCGUGGUAGAGAACUUGCCUCCUUCGUUGAACUCCAGCGCCGAGCAACCUCCUCUUUUCGAUGGAACAACAAGGUUGUACACCUGUUACACAUGCCCAUUUGCUCAGCGCGCCUGGAUCACGAGGAACUGUAAGGGACUCCAGGACAAGAUUAAAUUAGUUCCUCUUAAUCUUCAAGACAGGCCUGCUUGGUACAAGGAGAAAGUCUACCCCAUGAAUAAGGUCCCGGCUUUGGAGCACAACGGGAAAAUCGUCGGAGAGAGCCUAGACCUCAUCAAAUACGUGGACAGCAACUUUGAAGGGCCUUCUCUUUUCCCUGAUGAUCCUGAAAAGAGGAAGCUUGGUCGUGAACUGUGGUCGCAUGUUGAUGAAUUCAUGAAGAUAGUCUACACUUCAUUCAAGGGAGAAGGACCGAAAGAAUGUGGCUCUGCUUUCGAUCAUUUGGAGAGUGCUCUUGGCAAAUUUGAGGAUGGACCAUUCUUUCUCGGACAGUUCAGUGGGGUGGACAUUGCUUACAUCCCAUUUGUUGAAAGAUUCCAAGUCUACUUAUCUGAAGUAUGGAAAUAUGACAUCACUGCUGGCAGACCUAAGCUAGCAGCAUGGAUUGAGGAAAUGAACAAGAUCGAUGCUUACAAGCAGACAAAGACUGAUCCUAUAGAACUUGUUGAAUACUACAAGAUGCGCUUCACUGCUCAGCAGUAAAUGGAGUCAUGACCAUGCUAGGCUCCGUAUGAAGGGAAUAAGGGGAGUAAGAAGAGAGCUGAAUGGCCUGAUAGUUGAUAUAACCUUCUUUUGAUGUUUCUCUGAGGCCGGUUGUGUUGUGUAUCCGCUCUAGAUGCAGCCAUGUCUCUUUUACAGCUUGAAAACGUUGUCGCCUUACUAGGAUUUCAUAAAUAAAACAGCUCAUUUUC